UAUAGAACUAUUCCAGAGGUGACAGUUCAUGGCACAUACAGUUAGAGUGUGCUAUUUGGAACUUAUUCUUAACAUCAUGUUGCUGGUGGUUAAAGGAAAAAUAGAUGUGUGUAAGAGAGGAGAUGUGACUGUGAAGCCUUCCCAUGUAAUUUCCCUUGGAUCAGCUGUCAAUAUUUCGUGCUCUUUGAAGCCCAAACAAGGCUGCUCUCAGUAUUCCAGUUUUAACAGGUUAAUCCUUUACAAAUUCGACAGAAGAAUCAAGUUACAGCAUGGUUACUCUCUCAGUUCUCAAGUCUCCGGUCUUCCUCUGGGUACAACACUGUUUGUCUGCAAACUAGCCUGUAGCAGUAGUGAUGAGAUUCGAAUAUGUGGAGCAGAGAUCUCAGUUGGUGUUGUUCCAGAACAGCCUCAAAACUUAUCCUGUAUACAAAAGGGAGAACGUGGAACUGUGGCCUGCACCUGGGACAGAGGACAAGACACUCACCUAUAUACUGCAUAUACUUUACAGUUAAAUGGACCCAAAAAUUUAACUUGGCAGAAGCCAUGUAAUGACCAUUAUUGUGACCAUUUGGACCUUGGAAUCAACUUAACCCCUCAGUCACCUGAAUCCAGCUACAUAGCCAGAGUUACUGCUAUCAACAGUCUUGGAAGUGCUUCUUCACCUCCAUCCACAUUUACAUUCUUAGACAUAGUGAGGCCUCUUCCUCCGUGGGACAUCAGAAUCAAAUUUGUAAAUGCUUCUGUGAGCAGAUGCACUCUUCAGUGGAGAGAUGAGAGGCUGGUGCUGCUUAAUCGACUCCGAUAUCGGCCCUGUAGCAGCAGGUCCUGGAAUAUGGUUAAUACUACAAAUGCUAAAGGAAGACAUGAUUUGUGGGAUCUGAAACCGUUUACGGAAUAUGAAUUUCAGGUGUCCUCCAGGCUACAUCUUUAUAAAGGUAGCUGGAGUGACUGGAGUGAAUCGUUGAGAGUACAGACACCAGAAGAAGAGCCUACUGGGACAUUAGAUGUCUGGUACAUGAAACAGAACAUUGGCUACAACAGACAACAGAUUUCUCUUUUCUGGAAGAAUCUCAGUGUAUUGGAGGCAAGAGGAAAAAUCCUCCACUAUCAAGUGACCUUGCUAGAGGUGGCAGGGGGGAAAACUACACUACAGAAUAUCACAGAACAUACCUCCUGGACUUGGGUCAUUCCCAGAACUGAGAGCUGGGCUGUGGCUGUGUCUGCAGCUAACUCAAAAGGCAGUUCCCUGCCCACUCGUAUUAACAUAACGGAUCUGUGUGGGGCAAGCCUGCUGACUCCCGGCCAAGUCUCUGCAAACUCAGAGGGUGCGGACAACAUUAUGGUGACCUGGGAUCCUCCCGGAAAAGCUGCCUCUGCUGUCAAGGAGUACGUGGUGGAGUGGAGGGCGCUCCACUCAGGGGUUGUCACGCAGCCCACUCUGAACUGGCUGCGGAGCCCCCCCGACAACAUGGCUGCUUCGAUUUCCGAGAACAUAAGACCCUACGUCUGUUAUGAAAUCCGGGUGCAUGCAUUGUCAGGGGACCAGGGAGGAUGCAGCUCCAUCCGGGGUAACUCUAAGCACAAAGCACCAGUGAGUGGCCCUCACAUUAAUGCCAUCAUAGAGGAAAAGGGGAGCAUUUUAAUUUCGUGGGACGAAAUCCCAGCCCAGGAGCAAAUGGGCUGCGUCCUCCAUUACAGGAUAUACUGGAAGGAACAGAACUCCAGUUCUCAGCCUCAACUUUGUGAAAUUCCCUAUGGGGUCUCUCCAAAUUCACAUCCAAUUGACAGCCUACAGCCCAGAGUCACCUACGUCCUGUGGAUGACAGCUCUGACAGCUGCUGGUGAAAGCCCCCAAGGAAAUGAGAAAGAAUUUUGUAUGCAAGGUAAAGCCAAUUGGAGCACGAUCAUGGCACCAAGCAUUUGCAUUGCUAUUAUCAUGGUGGGCAUUUUCUCAAUGUGUUACUUCCGGCAAAAGGUAUUUGUUCUCCUUUCAGCCCUCAGACCUCAGUGGUGCAGCAGACAAAUUCCAGACCCAGCAAAUAGCACUUGGGCCAAGAAAUAUCCCAUUGUGGAGGAGAAAAUGCAGCUGCCCAUGGACUGGCCCACUUCUGAAGAACCUGAGCCCCUGGUCAUCGAUGAAGUCUUUCAAGUGAUCCCAGUCUUCAGACGUCCCCUUCAUUCCAUCUGGCCAGAAAAGGGACGAGUUCAAGAUCACUAUACUUCUGAGGAAGACAGUGUCUCAAGCCCACCACCUCAAAGAGCUCUCACAGCGGAGACAGGACUAGUGGAUCUGUAUAAGGUGCUGGAGAGCAGGGACUCUCACUCAAAGCCAGUAAAACCAGCGAGCUCCAUUACGGUCCUCCCUGUGGACUACCUUCCUACCCAUGAAGGUUACUUACCCUCCAACACAGAUUAUCUCCCUUCACAAGAGGCUCCUAUAACUGACCCCCUGGAAGAACUGGAGCCUCAGCACAUUUCUCUCUCUGUUUUCUCAAGUUCCCUUCACCCACUCACCUUCUCCUGUGGUGAAAAGCUGACUCUGGAUCAGUUAAAAAUGGGGUGCGGCUCCCUCAUGCUUUGA